AGCUUUUUUUUUUUUUUUUUUGAAACAGGGCUUUGGUGGUGGUGUCCGUGGGAGAAGUCGGUGCAGCUAAUUUCACGACCCCCCCUGUGAUCCUAGUGGGCCAGUGCCUUGGUCGAGCUCCGCGUUGGUUUCGAGAUGUCGGGGGAUAACGACGAAACGCAGACCGCAGAGGAGACACCGGUGGAGGAGACGGAGUCACAGGACAAGGUGAUCAGCCCAGAGAAGGCAGAAGAGGCUAAAUUCAAGGCCCGCUACCCCAACUUGGGACACAAGCCCGGGGGUUCGGAUUUGCUGCGCAAGCGCUUGCAGAAGGGGCAAAAGUAUUUCGACUCUGGCGAUUACAACAUGGCCAAGGCGAAGAUAAAGAACAAGCAGCUGCCGACAGCCGCGCCAGAGAAGACGGAGAUCACAGGGGACCACAUUCCCACCCCCCAGGACCUGCCCCAAAGGAAACCCUCUCUGGUGGCCAGUAAGCUGGCAGGCUGAUCCUCGCGCGUCCUCCCGGGCCCCCGCAGCACCCCACGGCCCCAUAACCCCCGCUCCACCCGAUUCUCAGAGCUGUAACAUUACCCGCCCUCGGACCGCACCCCACCCCACCCCCACCCUUCCCUCUCUCUCUCUCUCUCUCUCUCUCUCUCUCUCUCUCUUCGCUCCACCCCAGCCUGGACUACCCAAACAGAACCUAAAAGUCAGCGGAGAGGCCGGCUGAUGACUUCUCGUGGGUUUUUUUUUUUUCGUUUCCCCCUCAGCGUUUUCUGCUCCCUGCCCCAGUGUCUCACCCCCAGAGACGUUUCCCUCUCCCUUCAUAUUUUCUCUUUACUUCCAUGUAAGAUACAGUGUGUUGACAGGUCUGUGGGGCCCUUUUGUACAGUGAGACCACUGGUUUAGGACGGGCGGGCAGCAGAAGCUACAACACAUAUAAAAUGCUUUAGUGUAAAGUUCAGGGUUCCUGCCUGUAGCUCUACGUGUGUGUAUAUACUUGUCUUUGUUUGGCACAGGGGAGAGGAGAGGAAUCAGGCCUUUAGAAAACGUUGCAUCCCAUUAGGGACUUAUUCACCAUUAUAAUUGAUUCUAUGUUGGAGGGUUGAACCGCCCAAAUCAUGGUGGAGCUUUUACCGUUUUGCUUCAUUAUUCAAGGAAAAGAUGUUCAGGUGGGAAUGUCAUGUGGAACUGCAUGCAUGGGCUCCUUAAAGCAAACUUCACUAUUUCCUCUUGAUUUCACUAUUAAAGAAGGGGGCAGGUGUUCAGACAGACAGGGUCACAGCUGUCAUGAAUGGAUCACUGUGGGACGGAGGGGCGUGUGAUACAUUAAAGAUAAAAACUGGAACUACAUAGGGGGACAGUCGGCCUCCGCCGUGCUGCAAGCAUACAAAAAAAGUACUAGGAACAAGAAAUAGGUUUGGGAGGGGGAGGUUGUAAUUAUAAGUGGCAGUGGUUUCCUCUUUAAAAUGUUUUCAGCCGUAUGUUGUGCUUUUAAAGCGCCAUCACUGAUGGGGACGCGGUAGAUCGGUGCUGGCGUGGCAUCUGUGUGAGCUCUGCAUGUAUAUGGCUGCCCUGCUGUCACGAUGUGCCAUUUUGUUUUUGUAAAUAAAAUAGUUUUGCACAGAU